AUGGCUGCUUCCUGGGCUAGAGAGCUGGCUCAGUGGAUGAAGUGCUUGGGGGUACAGUCCCAAGGAUCCAAGUUCCAUCUCCAGAGUGCAUGUAAAAAGCUGAGCGUGGUGGCACGAGCCUAUAAUCCUAGUACCGGGAAGGCAGAGAAAGUAGGCUCGCUGUGGCUCACACACCAGCCAUCUUGGCCUAAUUGGGGAGUGUCCAUCCUGUGGCAGGUGCCCUUCAUCCUUCAUCAGGAUGCUGAGCUCAUGACCAUGGGCACACAGUUAGAAACUGCUGAUAGUUUGGGGCUUCUGAGGACUUUUUGGUGGGCAGAGUUGUGGCUGGGUCUGUUAAAUACUUUGGUACAUGAAGGUUCUAGAAUGCUGCCUUUAUUUGCUCGAGUAUUGGUAGAGUUGGAGGGUGGUGACUCAUUAUUGAAAUUGUCCAUCCAUUCUAGGUAUGAACAGAGAGUCGACAAGCUGAAGAUGAAGCCCAGCGCAGAGUGCUGUUCUCCCAAGUUCUGGUUGGUGUUGGCCGUCCUGGCCGUAUCCGGCAGCAAAGCCCGUUCCCAAAAGAGCCCCCCCAGCAUUGGCAUCGCUGUCAUCCUCGUGGGCACUUCAGACGAAGUGGCCAUAAAAGACGCCCACGAGAAAGAUGACUUCCAUCAUCUCUCAGUAGUUCCCAGGGUGGAGCUGGUAGCCAUGAACGAAACUGACCCAAAGAGCAUCAUCACCCGUAUCUGUGAUCUUAUGUCCGACCGGAAGAUCCAGGGGGUGGUGUUUGCUGAUGACACCGACCAGGAAGCUAUCGCCCAGAUCCUCGAUUUCAUUUCUGCUCAGACGCUCACCCCUAUCCUGGGCAUCCAUGGGGGCUCAUCUAUGAUAAUGGCAGAUAAGGACGAGUCCUCCAUGUUCUUCCAGUUUGGCCCGUCCAUUGAACAGCAAGCUUCCGUCAUGCUUAACAUCAUGGAAGAAUACGACUGGUACAUCUUUUCCAUUGUCACCACCUACUUCCCCGGCUACCAGGACUUUGUGAACAAGAUCCGCAGCACCAUCGAGAACAGCUUUGUGGGCUGGGAGCUGGAGGAAGUCCUCCUGUUAGACAUGUCUCUGGACGACGGCGACUCAAAGAUCCAGAACCAGCUGAAGAAGUUGCAAAGUCCCAUCAUCCUCCUCUACUGCACGAAGGAAGAAGCCACCUACAUAUUUGAAGUAGCUAACUCGGUUGGGCUGACCGGCUAUGGUUACACAUGGAUUGUGCCUAGUCUGGUGGCUGGGGAUACAGACACUGUGCCCGCCGAGUUUCCCACUGGGCUUAUCUCUGUGUCCUAUGAUGAAUGGGACUAUGGCCUUCCUGCUAGGGUGAGAGAUGGGAUUGCCAUCAUCACCACCGCUGCUUCCGACAUGCUGUCCGAGCACAGUUUCAUCCCUGAGCCCAAAAGUAGUUGUUACAACACCCACGAGAAGAGGAUCUACCAGUCUAACAUGCUGAAUAGGUAUCUGAUCAACGUCACUUUUGAGGGGAGAAACCUGUCCUUCAGUGAAGAUGGCUACCAGAUGCAUCCGAAGCUGGUGAUAAUCCUUCUGAACAAGGAGAGGAAGUGGGAGAGGGUGGGGAAGUGGAAAGACAAGUCCCUGCAGAUGAAAUACUAUGUGUGGCCUCGAAUGUGCCCCGAAACCGAAGAGCAGGAGGAUGACCAUCUGAGCAUUGUGACCUUGGAGGAGGCGCCGUUUGUCAUUGUGGAAAGUGUGGACCCUCUCAGUGGAACCUGCAUGAGGAACACGGUCCCGUGCCAGAAGCGCAUCAUCUCUGAGAAUAAAACAGAUGAAGAGCCAGGCUACAUCAAAAAAUGCUGCAAGGGCUUCUGUAUUGAUAUCCUGAAGAAAAUUUCUAAGUCUGUGAAGUUCACCUAUGACCUUUACCUGGUGACCAAUGGCAAGCAUGGGAAGAAGAUCAACGGGACCUGGAAUGGCAUGAUUGGUGAGGUGGUCAUGAAGAGGGCCUACAUGGCAGUGGGGUCACUAACUAUCAAUGAAGAGCGAUCAGAGGUGGUCGACUUCUCUGUGCCCUUCAUAGAGACUGGCAUCAGUGUCAUGGUAUCACGCAGCAAUGGGACCGUGUCGCCUUCUGCCUUCUUAGAGCCAUUCAGCGCUGACGUGUGGGUGAUGAUGUUUGUGAUGCUGCUCAUUGUCUCUGCCGUGGCUGUCUUUGUCUUCGAGUACUUCAGCCCUGUGGGUUACAACAGGUGCCUAGCUGAUGGCAGAGAGCCAGGCGGCCCAUCUUUCACCAUUGGCAAAGCAAUUUGGUUACUCUGGGGUCUGGUGUUCAACAACUCCGUCCCUGUGCAGAACCCAAAGGGGACCACCUCCAAGAUCAUGGUGUCAGUGUGGGCCUUCUUUGCUGUCAUUUUCCUGGCCAGCUACACUGCCAACUUAGCAGCCUUCAUGAUCCAAGAGGAGUAUGUGGACCAGGUUUCUGGCCUGAGCGACAAGAAGUUCCAGAGACCUAAUGACUUUUCACCCCCUUUCCGCUUUGGGACUGUGCCCAAUGGCAGCACAGAGAGGAAUAUCCGCAAUAACUAUGCAGAAAUGCAUGCCUACAUGGGAAAGUUCAACCAAAGGGGUGUAGAUGAUGCAUUGCUCUCCCUGAAAACAGGGAAGCUUGAUGCUUUCAUCUACGAUGCAGCAGUGCUCAACUACAUGGCUGGAAGAGAUGAAGGCUGCAAGCUGGUGACCAUCGGCAGUGGCAAGGUCUUUGCUUCCACUGGCUAUGGCAUUGCUAUCCAGAAAGAUUCCGGGUGGAAGCGCCAGGUGGACCUGGCUAUUCUGCAGCUGUUUGGAGACGGGGAGAUGGAAGAACUGGAAGCUCUCUGGCUCACUGGCAUUUGCCACAAUGAGAAGAAUGAGGUUAUGAGCAGCCAGCUGGACAUCGACAACAUGGCAGGCGUCUUCUAUAUGUUGGGGGCAGCCAUGGCUCUCAGCCUCAUCACCUUCAUCUGUGAACAUCUGUUCUAUUGGCAGUUCCGGCAUUGUUUCAUGGGUGUCUGUUCUGGCAAGCCUGGCAUGGUCUUCUCCAUCAGCAGAGGUAUCUACAGCUGCAUCCAUGGAGUAGCUAUAGAGGAGCGCCAGUCCGUGAUGAACUCCCCCACCGCUACCAUGAACAACACACACUCCAACAUCCUGCGCUUGCUCCGCACAGCCAAGAACAUGGCCAACCUGUCUGGAGUAAAUGGCUCCCCUCAGAGUGCCCUGGACUUCAUCCGCCGCGAGUCCUCCGUCUAUGACAUCUCUGAGCAUCGCCGCAGCUUCACCCAUUCGGAUUGUAAGUCUUACAACAACCCGCCCUGUGAGGAAAACCUGUUCAGCGACUACAUCAGUGAGGUAGAGAGGACAUUUGGCAACCUGCAGCUGAAGGACAGCAACGUGUACCAGGACCACUAUCACCAUCACCAUCGGCCACACAGCAUCGGCAGCACCAGCUCCAUUGACGGGCUCUACGACUGUGACAACCCGCCUUUCACCACGCAACCCAGGUCAAUCAGCAAGAAACCCCUGGACAUCGGCCUGCCCUCCUCCAAACACAGCCAGCUCAGUGACCUGUACGGCAAGUUCUCCUUCAAGAGCGACCGCUACAGUGGCCAUGAUGACUUGAUUCGUUCGGAUGUCUCAGACAUCUCCACGCACACUGUCACCUAUGGGAACAUCGAGGGCAACGCAGCUAAGAGGCGGAAGCAGCAGUAUAAGGACAGUCUGAAGAAGCGGCCAGCCUCGGCCAAGUCAAGGAGGGAGUUUGAUGAAAUCGAGCUGGCCUAUCGUCGCCGCCCACCCCGCUCCCCAGACCACAAGCGCUACUUCAGGGACAAAGAAGGGCUCCGAGACUUCUACCUGGACCAGUUCCGAACAAAGGAGAACUCGCCUCACUGGGAGCAUGUGGACUUGACCGACAUUUACAAAGAACGUAGUGACGACUUCAAGCGAGAUUCGGUCAGUGGAGGUGGGCCCUGUACCAACAGGUCUCACCUCAAACACGGAACAGGCGAUAAACAUGGCGUGGUAGGUGGGGUGCCAGCUCCUUGGGAGAAGAAUCUGACCAAUGUAGAUUGGGAGGAGCGGUCUGGGGGCAACUUCUGCCGCAGCUGUCCCUCCAAGCUGCACAACUAUUCCUCUACGGUGGCAGGGCAGAACUCUGGCCGGCAGGCCUGCAUUAGGUGUGAGGCCUGCAAGAAGGCUGGGAACCUGUAUGACAUCAGCGAGGACAACUCCUUGCAGGAACUGGACCAGCCAGCUGCCCCUGUGGCUGUGACAUCCAAUGCCUCUACCACCAAGUAUCCUCAAAGCCCGACUAAUUCUAAGGCCCAGAAGAAGAACCGAAACAAGCUACGCCGGCAGCACUCCUACGACACCUUCGUGGACCUGCAGAAGGAGGAGGCCGCCUUGGCCCCACGCAGCGUGAGCCUGAAAGACAAGGGCCGAUUCAUGGAUGGCAGCCCCUACGCCCACAUGUUUGAGAUGCCAGCUGGUGAGAGUUCCUUUGCCAACAACAAGUCCUCAGUGCCCACUGCCGGACACCACCACAACAACCCUGGCAGCGGCUACAUGCUCAGCAAGUCGCUCUACCCUGACCGGGUCACGCAAAACCCUUUCAUCCCCACUUUUGGGGAUGACCAGUGCUUGCUUCACGGCAGCAAAUCCUAUUUCUUCAGGCAGCCCACGGUGGCAGGGUCAUCGAAAACAAGGCCGGACUUCCGGGCCCUUGUCACCAAUAAGCCAGUGGUGUCGGCCCUUCAUGGGGCUGUGCCUGGUCGUUUCCAGAAGGACAUUUGUAUAGGGAACCAGUCCAACCCCUGUGUGCCUAACAACAAAAACCCCAGGGCUUUCAAUGGCUCCAGCAAUGGACAUGUUUAUGAGAAACUUUCUAGUAUUGAGUCUGAUGUCUGAGUGAGGGAAGAGAGAGAGGUUAAGGUGGGUACGGGAGGGGUAGGGCUGUGGGCCUCGUGGUGCGCAUGUCCUGGAAAGAGUCGGGGGUGAACUUGGCUCCCAUUCGCUUUUUCUUGUUCUUUUAAUUUCUCUAUGGGAUCCUGGAGUUCUGGUUCCUUCUGAAGGCAGCCCUCGUGGCCGGCACCAUUUCUCCUCCCUCCGCAGGUCUCUUCUCCCCGCAUCUGUCCACCACUCCUAUAGCCAUGAGAGGAUAGAACCGGCCUCAGCGUGGGAGGAUGGAGAGGAGACAGGAAGUGCUUGCUGCCUGUGGGCUUCUUCCCAGUGCGGAAGUGCUCUGAGCCCUGAGAGGGAGGCUUUCCUGAAACUGCUCUUUUUGGGGGGCGAGGAAGUGAAGGCAACCUAAGGAAGGCCCUUUGGCCUCCCAUUCAUAAGAGAGAAGGGGCUUUUUGCUGAAUUCUUGCUGUGUGGUUGGUGGUCGCCUAGGGACCCUAUAAACAGCAGAGGGCAGGAAGUGAUUCUGUGCUUAUAUAUAAGCCAAAUAAUAAGUUUGCCUCAGACCCAUAAAACUCUGCGGUGGCGAACCAAAGGGGAAGGCCAUUGGCAGACGAGGGAUUCCUGAGCAAACUGGGACGUUCACUGCAAUAGUGCCCUAUGGUUCACUGGAGGCAAGAGCAGAGAAUUCUGUGUGCACAUACGUCCAUGUACACCUGUACCCGCAUGUGGUCAGCUGCCUCUAGGUAAAGAGGGAGAACCUUGGCUCACUGCCUCCUUCCACGGGCUUAUAUAAUGUGCUUGUUUUGGCUUAUAUAUAAACCGGUGCCACAGGUUACCAGGAUUUGGGCUAGCUCUCCCUUUUCCCUUCUUCAGAGAGGAUGGAGGUUCUUGACAACGAAGAUUCUAUACUGUAGCGAAAAAAAUGACAAGAGAUAGUGAAAGGAACUGAGACAACCCUACAGCCUAGUAUGUCAGUGUUGUCUAUAGUUACUAUAGCUUAGACAGAAUUUGCCAGUAAGGCAUGAGGGAAAUCGAAGCAGCCAUGAGUCUUUUAUCCAAUCUCAGAGCAAAAGGUUCUAGAAAACUCUUUUAGGCAUUUAGCUCCUUGACUGGCUAAGGUUUGAGGAAGGACUCUCCACAGAAGGUUUUGAAGAAGAGAAUCAUUUACAGUAGGGUAAGUGAGAGAGGGGGAUGUUUUCAAUGCUUUGAUCCCUUCUUACUUAACCUUGAGCUGAAAGGGUAGGUAGAUCCCUCCAAACCGGCGGUAAGUGACAGGGGACAGACAGAGGAGAGAAAUGAGCUUGUCCUCCAGGGCACAGCUCUGGAAGCCAGAGAGAACGAAAGAGGUUUGGAAUAUGACUUGAACUAAUGUGAACACUCCUGAAAGAACCCUUCCUUUUCCGCAACCCCCACUUUCCUCUGAUUGUACCACUCAACAGUAAGCGUGUAUGCAAGUGUGUGUGCAUGUGUGUGUGCGCGUGCAUGUGUAUGUGUGUACGUGUGUGUGUGUGUGUGUGUGCGCGCGCGCGUGUAAAACUCCAGGUCCGGGGAUGGGGGUGUUGGCAGGAGUGAUGCCCCCUCGCUUAAAGUUGGAAAUUGAAGAAGGGAAAUGAGUAUUUGUGUCCCUGCCUGUCCUGAAACUUGGGGUAGGGGUGUCCUAUGGGUCAGUUCCACUGUCCUGCCGUCCCCUCACACAGGGUGGCAUCCAAAGAGCCCUGGGUUUGUUUGGAAGCGUGACUGCGGAAUCGCCUUGUCGCACACAGGACACAUAAACCAGAAAGGUGCUCACCCUCCUCUGGAACGAAGCCGCCAUGUCUCUUCACGUCACACCCUCCAGGGCUGCUCUUUGCCUUCCUGGUUGCUCUGCCUCACGACCCUCCCUCAUCUUCCAUCCUCGACUGCUGUCUCCCACCUUCCUCCUUGAUUUUUACCUCAGUAUCUUUCAUUUAAAAGCCAACCGAAGGCCUUGUUUUCUUUCUAAGAUGAACGUGGGGGCAAGGGGCUGAACCUCUCAACAGUUUGGAGAGAGGAGCGCGGAGUGCUUUACUUUAGGUUCCAGGAAAGACUCUGAGAGAGGUCAGAGGGCGUGAGGCAACUCCCGGAGGAAGGAGAAGGGCCAUAGAAACAUUGCUUCACUCUGGCUCUGUCCAAGGGCCAGGGGCUCACCCCUCACUCUUCCUCUUACCUCACCCCUUUAAAACUGAAAAAAGAAAAAAAAGCAAACCAACUAACCUAGCGAACAGCAAUCUAGAAAACAGGGGGCUCUGGUGGUCUCCACGGGCCACAGAAAUCAAGAUGGUGUUUAUUUCAUAUGUAAAUAUUUUGUUUUCUAAUUAAUUUUGUAUAGAUAAAGUGAACUCCUGUGAGUAUUCAGGGUGUUGAGCUGGAGGGAGUGGGGUGGGAAUGGGAAUGAGGGGGAAUUAUUUUGUUAUGGGUUUUCGUUUUCUGUUGGGAGGAAUUGUUUGUUAUGGCCUUUGCUUCGGCGUGUCUGGGAAAAGUUCAUGGGAACAGAAGCCACAAUGGUGGACAAGCCAGGGGAAAGUCAUUUCUGUCCAUGCCCCACCUCCAAAACCUGUCUUCCUGCUGGUUUGUGAGAAGUGACCGUGCACUUUGGCCUGAGUUUUGCAGGGUUCAAACCAGCACUAAGCAAAACUUGGUCUGACUCUUGUUUUCUAGGGAGACCAGGAAAUUACGACUCUGUCAAAGACAAACUGGUGGCAUCCGAUUUUUUCUUGUCAGUACCUGGGUUUGCAAAGGUUCCCCAAAGGGCUUGACAAAGAAUUGAGGUCUACUUACCUCCCAUUUUUGGCAUGGCUGAGAGGUUUCUGGAAGCUGGAUUCUGGGAAAUCUCACAGCAGCCUUCUCUGAUUCUUAACUAUCAUUCUACCAGUCUGACAUGUCAUACUCUAGUACCUGACCAUCCCAUCCUUCAUCUGUGUGCACCUAUAGAAAGGACCACUUCAGGCACACCCAAGAAAUGUCCACUCUUCCUCCUUCAGCAUCAUAUGGCUUCAGGCUGUACAAGGACAGCAAUGGAUACAGGGGUCUUACAGAUUUACAUGCCUUUCUAGGAACAUCACCCGAUCCCCUCAAAACUCAUUAGCCUAGUAAAGUAAUAGCUAAAAUUAGUUUCAGAGGUGGGAAAGAGGCCAUGUGAGGAACAGUACCAAUGGUGACUUUAUAGUUGCCUUGUUCUUGUUACUGCCAUCAGGAGGGUGCAAUUUUGUUCAAGUUAGCUGUCACAAAUCUGAUUCGAUAUUAACCAGACAAUAAAAUCUCUUUCACUGGGUUGCUGGCUUUGUGAAAGAUAGCAGCCCACCCCUCUCUCUCUCUUCCUCUCUCAUUUCUAAAUUGAUAUGCCCAGCAUACUGCCCUUCCCCCCUAUUCUCCUGCCAUCAGCGGCUGCCAGUGAGAUAAUUUAACUAUCCUAACGCCCUUAUUUGGUCUCAGUUGAUUUCUCCAACUGGAUUCUUGAAUUGGGACCAAAGUAAGAUAUUCAUGGUCUUCUCUGAAAAGAGUAAGGAAAUGAAGUCUGUCAAGUUUUCUAUGUGAAAUUCCACAGUAGCAAGUCAGUUGAAUACAUCAGGAAGAAUUCAGCAGCUGUUCCCACCUCCAUCCCUGAUGGAUAUGGACCAAGACCCAAUCCAUCCAAAACUGUGAGGUUCUGUAGAGCCCUGAGGAGCAUCUUGUGUUCCGUGGUGUCCUUCAGAAUCCAUGCUUUCUCUCACAAGUGCUCUCUACCAUUGUGAAAGUGGGUUGAUGGAUGUGGUCGCACAUCACUCCUCCUAGUGGCGAUGCUGACACUUCAGCAUGCCCAGUGACCUCAACAAUCUGAUCCUUGAAUUUGCCUGAGCGAAGAUGUGCACACCCUUUCAGAGUGCCGCAUGUACAGUGGACCUUGUUACUUCCAAGUUGUCACUGUGUAUCCUCAGCCAGAGCUUGGGAAACACCCUCCGUGUAUAUUCCCUGGGACUGGCCACAGCCAUCUUGUGAUUGGGGACAAAAAAAAAUCCCAGAUGAUCCCAUUAAAUGUCGGUGGUGUCAGUAGUGCCCAAACGCAUGUGUAAAAUAGGAGUCCUCUAUACAGUGACGUGAAUAUCACUUGCCCAGUCUUCCAUGGCCAUCAGCAAUUGCCCCAGGAAGAAUUCUCUGCAGAGUGCUGGUCACCUGCACCUCUCAUGUGAGAGCUAGGGUUUUUUGUUCUUUCUUUCUUUCUUUCUUUCUUUCUUUCUGUCUUUCUUUCUUUCUUUCUUUCUUUUUUAUUAGUUCAAGAUUUAGGGAAAGAUUAAUGUUUGGGCAAAAGCCUUUGGGAAAGUUAUUCCUAAACUCACUUAUUUUUUCUUUAAAUCACCAUCUCUGGAAAGGCCCUGUCCUUGCUUGGCACCCUAUGUGUGUCUGUUUCGGUGUGCUAGGAAUGAUUCAGGUGUGUGCAUAAAUGAUGUAAUGGCAGUUUUCUGGUGAAUGUGUUCAGUGUUUCUGGGCAUUGUGGCCAUACUGUAUGUUCCCAAAGCCAUAUAGAAAAUGUGUGAUCUUGGGGCUGCUGAAACACUAUGGCAUUGCUGCCUUUGCUUUCUUUGCCUUGGUGUCAGAGAGCCUUCUUGCUGCCUAAGGAUUCUUUAAAGGCAAGAAGCACCCUGAGGAGGUCAGUCAUAUUGGGGUGGCUCUGGCCUUACCAAUGGCAGAUGACCCGUGGCUCGCUUUCAAGAUCCUGAAAGAGCCUGCCAGCUGUUGACUUCCCAGGCAGAUUUGCUACAUUACGGCUGAGCUGUUCAUCUGCUGUUGAAAUGGAAGCAUUCCCAGGAAGAGUGACACACUAAGCCAUAUUAGGGAUUUGUACAUUUAAACACCUAAUCUACAUUAGGAUUUUCAUUCCUUUUUCUGGGAAUAAGCGACCAUAAGCCAGCAAGAGAAAGCAACGGGUGCAUCAUGGAGCAACAGAGCAGGGAGAAAGGAUAACGGGUCCAGAAAACAAGUCAUUUAAGCCGUGCUCCAUCACUACCUGUUUAGUUAAGGCCCCUGGCGACCCUCGGUUAGGAGUUCUAACUGGGAUCUAUUUUUAGCACACAGUCACGUACACAGUUUGGAGACAGCUACAUUCUACACCACAUAGGGCAGGUGAAAAUGGUGACCCGGGGAACAGAAGACAGUUGCCUUUCCUCAAAUGCAAGAUAUCGAGUAGAGAGCUGCAAGGAAAAAUGUUCAAUCGCGUUUAGCAUACAAUCUGUUAGUAGAUUAUAAAAAUCACGCAUUAUCUCUUCUCUGUUCUAGAUCAAAUAAUACACCAGUUAACUGAUUUGCCUGCAUUCUAAACAUUCCUAGUUGCCUUCUCCAUAUUCUCUGUGAAAGAGCCAGUUGACCCUCAGGUACUGUUUAACCUGUGGGCCCACCAUAAGGUUGGGUCAAUGUUAAAAUGCUCAUUUGUCAUUCUGAGAGCUUUGAAUAUUGAUCUACAUCUAGGAUUCCACCUAGUUUGGGGAGGUCGCCAUCGAUAAGAUCCCAGGCUGGAUGAACACAUCCUACCCUCAUCCCGGUAUCACCACACAAGUUCCCUGCGGGUUCUGUGACUUGACACGGAAACUAUCUACUCCCACAACAAAGCCGCUGUCAAAGCCUCGAAUGAAAGGCAGUGCUUUUCCCAUGCCUUGAAGAGACUGGUGAAGUUCCAGUUCUCUAGGUAGUACCGAAGCGAGGAGAAAGAGCUUUGCUCAGAGAGUGUUGGGUGGUCCUAGCAAUGCCAGCAAUGGGUGGAAAAUAUUGGGAAUCUGGAGCAUUUCUCCGCACAGUGUCCUUGUUCAGUGACAUCAGGGCUAAUCAUUGUGAGCUGCUGGUGAUGUCCAUAUCUUCCAUCCGCUGGUGUGACUGGGGCUAGCAGUGCUAUUGGGAACUGAGAAUGGGAAGAAGAGUGGACGGUAGAGCUGCUCACAGCCUUGGGAUGCUGGUGUAGGGAGUUUCCCACAGCCUUGGGAUGCUGGUUUAUACCAUCUGUUUUGGCGAAAGAGAAAGUGGCCCUUGGUGCAAGGAUCAGGUUACAAUGAAGAAGCACAAUUCUAAGCCCAUCACAAAACCAUUAUUUUAAAGCUAUGACUCCCAACUUGAGCUCUGUUUAUCAAUUAAUAAUUAUUUUAAGCUUGGGAUUUAAAGAGUGGUUCAGAAAAAAUCUAAAGUAAGAAGCUCUACACAAAUAUGUUAGUUGAACUAAACCAAUGUCUGUUGAGCAUUUACUAUGUCCUUGAGCUGAUGCUGAGAAAUAUAGAAAAGAUUUUUAAAUGGAGUAUGUUAUACUCAUGUAGGAUAUGCAAAUGCACAAGUAUAAAAUAUUUAAAUGUGUAUAAAAUAGGUGUGCAUAAAUUUCUGUGAUUUGACAUGCAGGUUUGAUGUUUUCUGGUUUCAGGGUCUGAGUCAAAGGUAUCCAUUAUGUUACUGAAGAAUACCACAGACAUCCAACUCUCCGUAUCAUAGUUGAGCCUGGGUCACAUCUGGGAUUAUCACACAUUCUAAGCUAACACUCAGAGAUUCCCUCUCAGGUCACAUCCGUGCAUUUUCCUCACUCAUCUUUGCCAGCGUCACACCCGAGUACUCUUUGUCCUGUGCACCAGACUCCCCUUUGCGAUCUUUUGCGGUCCUCUCCAGACUACAGGACUUCUCCCUGCGGCACCUCCCUCCUUUCCACACAGCUGACCGCGUUCCUCUCAAAACACAAUCUGGCAGCCAUCUGUAGAAACAAAUCUUUCCAUUCAGUUAGACCCUUGAAUCCCUGUCUGUCUCUGUUUAUCUUUGCUCUCCCAGCCUUCUAGAACGGAUAGCCGUUCUUCACAUCCACCCUCACUGCUUACAGCUCUGCAAUGAGUCUGUAAUUCGCUACUCACCUACAAACUCCGAACAGCAAUGUUUCAAUGAGCAUCUUGCUACACCGAACAGCGUUUUCGUUUUUUCCCUGCUAUCUUCCCUUAGGUGUUCCCCUGAGCUGAUCUUUGGGAGGUGGUGCGUUCUGUUUUGCAUCUUAGCUCUCAGGUCCCCUAUGACCUCACUGGUUUCUGCUUUUGCUCAGCCUUGACUUGGUCUACAUUCCAAGUUUGAUUCUCCAUGUUAACUCCUCAUGAUCUUUCCGACUUCCACAGUAUUUAUGGCUCUGAGUGAAGAUGAAUUUCAAAUCUUCUCUCUUAGACCCUAAUUUUCUCUUCAACGUAAUGCACAUAUUUCUGAUCACCUCACUUUAGAAUGACGCAAAUACCCAGAUCUACACCUGCAAAUCAGCAUAAUGAUGAGCAGGUUCUCCUGGCUUAGUGGUUCCAUUGGUCACCUGUUGCCACGCUAAAGUUUUGCCAGGAAUUUUUGCCCCCUUCAUGUCCCUGAUUUUGCAAGUAUGAUCGUUUGGAAAACCUAUUGAUUCUCACUCAAAAGUUUUCCCGCCUAUCUUUCCUUUCAGGCCCUUCCCUCCCGUUGAUUAUUUCGGCGUUGUAUAGCAUUGUCCCAAGAAUUCAUGUUUUGGUCUACUCUCACCUGUUUGUGCUUCCUGACCACAGUUAUUUCAGGUUGUCUUUAACCCCGGACAACAAACCUUUAUUGAGCUCCCCUUGACAUGGUUUUCCAGCAGGCAGCACCUUAGCUGGUGUGCUCUUUGUCACAGGACAGUUCAAUUAUAUAGCUGUCCCUUAACAUUCCUUAGUCAUCUAGAUUUACUUGUAUCUUAAACUUCUCUCUUUUCCCAAAACGUCCUGCUCCCAACUCUUAACUCCCAGCUGUCUUGCAUAAUCCACUCCCUCUAUACAAGUCUUCAAAGACAAUAACACAGCAACAGCAUCUGUUUCCUCUCAGAAUCUGUGCAGCAAAACAGAGGCAUAUUAUGAAUGUCCAUGACAUUUUAAUUUUCUCUCCUGGGUGGCAACCAUCAGAGACCAGCUUCAUAAUUGUCUGAGUGUACAUAUUGUCUUCCCUGCUAGAUUCUAAACAGGUCAUGGCUGAGUGUUCUGUAUAUGCCCUUGUCUUAGUGAUGUUUCUUUUCUCACCCUUUCUGAUGCUUUAUGACAUUGAGUUAUUGAACACAACACCUCCUGACUUAUAGCUCAAGUAAAAAUACAUCAAAAUUUCAAUGACUUGGUUCAGGGAGAAUUUUAGUGUCUCAACUCCUCUUUUCUUUGUAUCUAUGGUUGGACUCAUUGCCCUAGAAUAGAGAGUAUCACUUCUGGCCGGAUGCCCUUCUUGUUCUUUAUUCCUUAUGCAGUCUUCACUUUUUUCUCUUGGUUCCUUAGAUCUACUUAAGAAAUCUCACCUAUUUGUUCGGGUUGGUGAUUAUCUCUGUCUCUGGAGAAAAUCAUGGGGCUGGUCCUGUCCUUUUACCUCACCUGCUCUGGUACCAACUAAUGCUCUCUUUCUUUCUCCUGGCCAGCCUCCUCUAUAAGUCUAAUAAUGACAUUGGUCAUGAAUUAUUCUCCUUUGGGAAGCAUCUUCUGCCACUGAGUGCUAAUUUAAAGCAUACUGUAGUGAACCCAACUUGAAUAAGUUACAGGCAGUGACAAGCCUGCUUUUCAAAACAGCAGGCAGAGUUCAUUCUUCAUCGAGACAGGAAGGGGUAGAGAGAUUAUUACUGGCAAGCUGGAGUGAAACUUGUGACAAUUUAGGAAGUAUCUAGUAAAAAUUAAAAUGUUAAGUCUAAAGGGAUAGGAUUUUUUCAGUUUUAAUAGUUGUAGAUAGUAUUGAUCCUGGCAAUGGGGAUAAUUAACAUGAGAUGGAGAGCAAAGUCCAUCUCAUGAUAUCAUGAGAUACUUGCUUUAAGCCAUGAAACAGACUGGCACUAGCUAAUGGACGUGUGGAGAGGCAGCUGUUCUCUCAAAGAAGGCAUCCAGGAACUUCUGUUGGACCAAUGAACAGACCAACAUUACAGACAGUUUUACAUGAUUAUUUUAUAUCUUAUUCUAUCUGUGUUUUAAUUUACCAGUACCUGUAAAGGAUGAUAAAGUCAAAGAGUAAGAGGCCCAUAAUAGGACUUUCCUUCACGUCACAAGUAGAGCUGGGGGUCUGUUGGUCCCUGGCUUUGAGGGUCCCUUCAGGAAGCAGAGAACUCCCAAAGGCCUUACUUGAGGCUGAUGGCUUCCCACAGGCCCAUUCCUUUGGCCACAGACGAUUUGCAAAAACUCACCCUAACAUUGGAGAAUGAUUUCCAGGUGUCUUCCAGAUGAAGAGAGAAUUGUCCUUGGUUGUAACCUGAGAGACAGAAGCAAGACCAAUUAAAAAUGAGGGACAUUACAAAGAAUUUUCCAAGGGCCCAUUCCAAAGUGUCUGGGGACUUUAGGCUGUUUGAUCACAUGCUAGAAAUGCCAGGAGCAAGGGUGUCCAGAAAGAACUCUGACCCUGAGAUAAGGAAGCUGGACCCAGUCUCAUCUUUGAGGUCCUAAACGCUUAUGGGACGUCUCAUCACAUGUCAUCCCUGAGUCAGCAUCCUAGUCCUUUGGAUGACACCCAGAGAGCUGUUGAUCACCAACCACUCUGGGCACAGAGGGCACAGCUUGUCCUACCAGCCUAGCUGUAGAAUGGUAACCUUUAUGAGCCCGCCUCCCCCCUGCAGGAGGAGGCUCACAGUGUUGGCAUCUGACGGACUGGAACUGCAGGGAACGUGGUCACAGGGAUGUGAAAGUGUGCAGGGCCCUGCUUCCUUCAGAUAAUGAUAUUACUUGUUUCCCAACGACAUUCUUUCUUCUUUAAAAACAAAGCAAGCAAGCAAGCAAG